GCAAAGAAGUGAGCAAGUUCAGUUGACCAAGUUAUGCUAGGUUUAAUGAUUGCCCACGGGGCUAGCGCUGUACGAUUUGGCCAUUUCUGUAGGCUAAGCAACAAACUGCUGACUAGAUAUUCAUCUAAAAUGACGGCAGAGUCCCACUGGCUGUCACCUGCAGACAGAGAUCACUCCACCAUGGAGCUGAAGGCCACUGGCUGGGUGGAGGUUGACGAUAGGGACGCCAUCUACAAAGAACUUCACUUCAAGACCUUCAACCAGGCCUUUGGCUUCAUGACCAGAGUGGCUUUACAAGCAGAGAAGAUGAACCAUCACCCAGAAUGGUUCAACGUCUACAACAAGGUCCAGAUCACAUUAACGACCCAUGACUGUGGAGGACUGUCUAAGAGGGACAUCAAGCUCGCCAAGUUUAUUGAUAAAGUUGCACUCACUAUGUAGAUUCAUGUCCUGUUAUUUAUGUGUUCUGUAUUACACCUUUAUACGUAAAAAUAAAACGAUAGA